AUGGCUGAGAAGGGACAACACCCCGCUGUGCAAUCGGCUCGGCCUGCAUUCAGGUUUCUUCGGAAGGGAUCCGGAUCACAACUAUUUGAUAAAAAAAUUAGCUAUAUCAAAAGAAAGAGUGCAGGCGCAGCAGAACCUCUGUCCAGACCGCCUCAGCCUGUGAGAAAUUCAGAAACAUCCUCUGUCUUAUCUGACAAUGUGUUCCGACAACCAAUAGAUGUUGAGCCACAUACGAUAGAAGAUGACGUGGAAAGCAUAUCUGCUCAACAACAGUAUUCUCAAAGAAACAUCUCAUCCCCUGUUCAAAUCGACAUGCCCAAGCGAAGCGACUUAGACAGUGGCAGAGGAAGUGGAAACACACCCCCAGGAGUUUAUAAAGCUCACAAUCGUCCUGAUAGUGGAUACUCGGAAUUCGAUGCCGUAUCACCAAAUCGCAGUGAAGCACAAGAGUCUGAAGUAACUGUUGCCAGCAGAAUAGCAGAGGAGGCAGAGAUUACACUUGAGCCCGUACAGGGAACAAUUCACGAAAAGACAGUUGUUUCUGUCGUGCCAAUCGAAUUAGAUGAUGACGUUGCCACAGAAGAUCAAUCAGUAGCACAACACGAUUUUCGUAAUGAUACAGAAUCGUUCAUACAGAAAGAGCUUGAUGUUGAUGAUGCUCGGUCAGUAAGUCCACGUUCUCGUAACAUUAGAGCCCAGAUUGAAAGAAACGUUCCAUGCGAUCGAGAUUCUGUAACGAACCUUUCGGAUAAGGCGAGCACACUGUCCUCUUUCUCUUCUCAACUCAGUCGUCCUCUACCUCAACACUCAGGAGUUCAGAGAGAUACUCCAAUUUUCCAAGAUAGAAACUUUAUGAAUUCCGACAGAUCGUCGAGUGGUGUUCCUUCUCCAACUAUCGAUGUGCAACGUCCUUCAACGGCAAGUAGUGGAUCUACGGGAGAUAUCCGGAAGUUUGUUGCUGCUAGAGACAAGCCUCUACAUGUUGCUUUUCCACCUAAUUUGAUGGAAACACAGAAGCGUCCUACGAGAGAUAAGAUAAGACCAUCAGAAUCUACAAGGUUUCCUGUGGCAAUACAAACAGAUAAUUUAGAUGAUUAUUCAUCAUCUGACAUCACGUCUGUUAGUGAGAGAGUACGUGCUCUCAAAAUUAAUAAAAACAAGAACAAUCAUAGGAAUGAAAUACCAAAUGACUCUCCGAUCUCUGUGAUUUCAUCUGUCGAAGCUGAGCCAGCGACACCAUACAUGCGAGAGCAUCAAGGUAGAACCAAACCUCGAGAGGAAAGGAUACGAUAUAUCCUCGAGAAGCAACUUCGAGAUGCCAUCAUUCACACUGAUAUAGCCCGGCAAAACAUGCAGAAGCAAUCGCAGAAGAUGAGCGAAUACAUAAAUGAACUGGAUGAAGCUGCUGCUAAGAUGAGGAAGGAGAGGGAGUUCUUCGAAGAAGAGAAAGAAAAGCAUCGACUUGAGGCCCUAAGAAGUAUGAAUCAAAUUCGUAAAGACAGGGAGGCGCUGAUAAAGAGAGAAAAGCUCAUUAACCAGGAUAUCACUAAUAACCAAACAGAAGCAAAGGAUGCAAUCCAUAAGGCUUCUAUAAGCAAAGCAGAAAUAAGGACGAAACUGACGGAGAAGGAAAAUCUGAUCAAAGAGCUGAAAGCCGAGAUCGAGAAACUCAAAAAAUCGAAUGAGCGAUUGGACAACAUUGUCAAACAAAAAGAAAAAAGAAUGAACAGCACUUUGAAAAACAAAGAUGCCAUCAUCAAUCGACUAACAUCCGAAUUGAAUGCUUUAACUAAAACUACUAAGAGAAAUGGACUAACCCCACGUUCGAAAAUGGACUCGUCUGACGUUGCAGCCAUUCAAAGAGCAGAUCCUAUAAUCAAGCCAGUUUCUCGUCGUCAGGUUCAUUUCAAUGAUACUACUGACACUACUGUAUAUUUACCUGAAGAUACUUUCUCACCCAACUCAAGUACUAACAGCUUUAGGGAAGCCAAGAAAUGGAUCCUUAAAAACACUGUGAAUUUACCGAAAAAGGGAAUUUGCUAUACAUAUUGUUGUAGAGAACCGACCACAGAUCUUAUUAACGAAGUCGGAGUGUUUGACUUGCGCCAUGUUAAUGGUCGAAUGUGUGGAGCUAAGCUCUAUCAGUAUUCUAACUCUGAUUGCCGUUUCAUAUAUGGGCCUUUGGAAAUAUAUUACUAUGGUCAUACAAGGCUAUUAGUAACGCUACAUGGUAUUGACGUUAAGAUUCGAUGUUUCCAAGAUGAGGUUGAAAUCAUACGGCCAAGAAAUGAGAUCUCUAAAUAUAAUUAUAAAUCUAACAAACUAAUUGAGACAAGGUGUCGACGAGACAAUGGAAUGUAUAGCAUAGGCUUUGAUUGUAGUAAGAUGCCUAAUGUCAUGGAACGACAUGGACAUAGCGAUCGCACCUUCGAAGAAGAUCGAGUUGUACUUCGCAGAGGCUCCAUAAAUGAUAUGUUAGAACAUGUCAUCGUUGAGCCAACUGGAAUACGAUGGAAGAGUCAUCACAUAAAUGCUGCGAUAAAUGAAUGGGAUGUAUACGCACAUCCUACAAAACGGCAAGUGAAGAUUCAAGUUGAAUUGGGCACAGGAGAACCUUACUCGAUCCUUUUCUGCCCAUCGUAUGAUUGGGUUUAUAUUCGGCAUCUGGAUGUACUUAAUCCUAGUAACAGUGAGCCAUGCUGUGAUAUGGGUAGCUCGACUCGUAGGAGAGAGCGGAAUCAAGAAUAUUGUUCGGUCGGAGAGAUUGUGAAAACUUGA